CAAGUGGUAUACGACUCGACAUCUAUCCCAUCAUUCCUCCCAGCUUCUUCUGUGGUUAUCCAAUUCCAAACCAUCCAUCUCUCAAUCCAAUUCUUCCUCCUGAUCGUGCGAAAAGAACACCUUCGAGAAGGAUCUAAGAAUUCGAACCAAGCCGCCAAACUGGCUCACUCACGCCCCCCACCGGUCCGUACCACUCACUCGGCAACGGCCGCAGCCUCACCCCCAUUGUCGCCGAAAAGGUCGCAUCACCAUCGGCGAAAGUCUGGAAAAGAGCACGUUGCUACAGAGAAAAAGGCCUCUAGACCAACAAGCCUGAGCAGGAGGACAACCCCGCAGUACGUGACCAAAGUCGGACCCGGAUGGAGCGGAGGACGAGGUAGCACCAGUGCCAGGGACGGUGAAGAAGGUGGCCGAGAUAGCGGGGAGUCGUUCCCGCAGUUCUGUUGGUGUGGGUGA